GACAAGACGCCAGUUGAAAUCGGCAACUCCCCCCUAGCUAGCCAAAUUCGCCUGUUUUGCAGCACACCAAUUAUAUUUGCGCAACAGUAUACCCAAGAAAAUUCUUAACUAGUUAUUGUUAGCCAUGUCUCAAGACGGAUUUCAACCUACACUAAUAAGGACAACGCACAAUAACAACACGAGCUUGAGUAUUCAACAACCACAGGCACCGUGCCCUGGUAAAACACCCAUACAAGUUCUACAUGAAUACGGAACCAAAAUUGGAAACCCUCCCGUGUACGUGAUGGAAAAGGCUGAAGGGGAGGCGCACCAACCCAGCUUCAUCUUCAACGUUACAAUAGGAGAUAUGUCCUGCACAGGUCAAGGGUCCAGUAAAAAAGCUGCCAAACACCAGGCCGCUGAGUCUGUCCUGAACCUUCUGGAAAUAGACACUGGAACACUCCUUCACUUAAAGAAGGAAAGUAACGGCAUCCCAGAAGAGCCCAACGACCAACCCAACUCAGUGGGGAAACUGCAGGAGCUGGCCCUGCAGCGGGGAUGGCGCCUCCCUGAAUACACUGUUUUCACAGAGGCAGGCCCACCUCACAAGAGAGAGUUCACUGUGACCUGCAGAAUGGAGUCGCUCACAGAGACUGCAACGGGAAAUUCCAAGAAGGUGGCUAAAAGGACAGCUGCGGAGAAGAUGUUGGCAAAACUUCAAAAUGUGUCUGGCUGUCCUGAAAUCACAUGGAUCCCAAAGCCCGGUGUCCGAUUGGAGAACUUGCGUAACUCCUCAGCAGAGAAGAUGUCUCUCCUGAGAAGGAACCCACUCAGUAUUCCCAACACAGACUACAUCCAGAUGAUGCUGGAGCUAUCCCAAGAGCAGGGCUUUGAAGUCACAUACUUUGACAUCGAUGAGCUGACAGUGAACGGGCAGUACCAGUGCCUGGCAGAGCUGUCCACGUCACCCGUCACCGUAUGCCACGGCACGGGCAUCUCCUGCGGCAACGCACACAACGACGCCGCACACAGCGCUCUCCAGUACAUCAAGAUCAUGGCUUCCAUCAAAUGAACGAUCGUAGUUAAACGUCACAGACGAUUUAAGGAAUUGAGGAAACACCUAUUUAAUCACAACUGAAAAUACCAUUAUGUUUUCACUCCUUACCCCAGUGUUCACUUUGUGUGGAAUUGGUGAAUAUUGAAGGCAGUAUUAAUAGAAAUCAUGACAUUCAGACAAAGCAAUCCAUUUUUUUUUUUUUUUUUGUGACAGUCAACACCGUUCAUCACCUGUGGUGUCUGUCAGCCAUUUUUAUGUUUCUUUAAGAAAAGGAAAGAGCAGCGCUAGACAGUGAAAGCUAAUCCUGUGGAGUUUAUGUACUAUAGAAAAACAAGGACAAGGGAAUGGACACUAGUCUUGAGAAAGGCCUUGCUGCCUAAAUGUUGACAUGUCGAAAACAGUCUCCAUCCUAUCCCAUUGUCCUUGUUUUUCAAAAGCCACUGUGAGGACACGCAAUCGUGUAUUGAAUGAUAAAUGUAAAACUAUUUGCACUGAACAAAAUUAGUGAGAGGAAACUCGUUUGGCCUAGUUUAGACAUAAGCCUAUGAUAAAAAAUUUAUCAAUUAAUUUAAUCACAUAUUAACGUAAGUCUGCCCCUCAUUUUUCACACAGGGAUAUUUUCAAAAUAAUGAAGCAGAUUGACAAAGGUCAGUUGGAUAAAUUAAGUAACAAACAAAAUAUUCAUUACACAUUGGUAUUUUGUUUGAUGUACUAAAUGAUAUCUGCUUUAUUUAAUUGGUUAUCAUUUCUCUUUGCCAAGUCAAGAUUUAAUUACAUUACUGUGAAAUACUUUUCCAUUGCGUAUAUUAAUAACAUAGUCCAUUAUAACUUUUAGUUUGAUUUUAAAGUGAAGUUUUUGAGCUUUGGUUAACACCAUUAUAUUACUGUUUCUUUGAUAUUGCGUUUUAUUCCGUCAUACAGAGGACUCUUGUUUUGUGUAACUACCACAUGUAUUAAAAGAAAACAAGACCAACAGCAGGUUUUAGUUUAGUGUCGAAACAAAAACUGCUCCAAUUAGAAAAUGUUAUUUAGCUUGAAUUGUGCUCACAUUAUAUGACAGGAUAGAAAACUACAUGUCUAGAUUAUGAAAACAUGUAUAUUUUGUAAGUUAAUAGUAGCAAGAUGGCAUACUCAGAAACAUCGGGACAACUCCUGAUUUAGACUUCAAGACCAAGACUGCCAUGAUUGUCUCUUCAUGCUACAAAGAGCCAAUAAUUGCAAUCUUGGUAGCUUUGAUGUUGAUGACUAAGAAGGUAAUCGCCCUGUUGUGAUUGGUGAUGUCAUCUUGCUCAGUCGACCUGUAAUGUAGCCUAGUUAUGUCAGCUGUGUAUGAAGUCAUGCUGCUGUGUAUAUGUGUGUUUGAAGGCUUUGAGUUUGUGUCUGUGCUGGCCUUCACACUGAGUGCAGUGAAAUGUUGUUAUGGGUCUACUACUGCUAAUGAUCGGAUGAUUUUUACAACCGGAUUCCACCUUGUCCUGAGUUUCUGUCACAAAGCCUAGAUUGGGCGGUUUAAUCACAUUUUGGUUUCCUUUAACAAGGUGUGUAUUGUAAUGUUUUGGUGGACUCAUCCCAAGCGUGUGCUGUGUACCUGAACAUAUUAAUACACAAUUAUUAGAUGUGAAGUGGGACAGACAUGUUCAAUAAAUCUACUCGACAUUGGCCUCA